AUGUGUGGCGUGUUCUGUCUCCUGGUGGGCCCAUAUUUAACGACGUGCCGUCCAACGUGUGCCCCGUUCGGUUUCUUUGUGUGUGUCAGUGUGUUUUUCAGGGCGGCUAAUAACAGUACAUUAGCGCUCGACGGGUCCUCUGCCUUCCCCCUCAAAAUGGCUGCGCAGGCAGUUACAAUAACUGGACGUAAUAGGACACGUGACCCGACGGAGCUGCUUCGUUACCUGAUUUCCGGAAAGAAAAUGAAUUUCGUUGGAAACGUCAAGCAGCGGAGCUCCAAUGAGAACAUAAAGAGCGUCUCUGUACGAUCUCAAAAGGCAGUUGGACAACAAAGGCAAAGCCUGCAGGUCCUCCAAUCUUCAGCAGUCAACUCAAGUUUGAAAUCGGCUCAGACGGGGAACGUUAUUCUUAAGAGGAAACGGUGGAUACUGGACCAGUCAAAAGGUCCGAAGAGGGUUAAAGUAGAAGUAAAAGCCACACAAACAGAAGAAGUUGACCGUGUACCAGAUGGCCUGUCCAAAGAAGCAUAUGAACUUAUGGUCAAAGAAACUCCUCCUUCCUCUUACUGGAAAGAAGUAGCAGAAGAACGACGAAAGGCUUUGUACCGCGUCCUACAGGAGAAUGAGAAGUUGCACAAGGACAUUGAAGCCAGAGAUGAGCAGAUCAACAAGCUCCAGUCUGAGAAUGAAGAGCUGCAGGAGCUGGCACAACAUGUGCAGUACAUGGCUGACAUGAUUGAGAGACUGACUGGAAAGUGCCCAGAGAGCCUGGAAGAAAUGAAGGACGUUGCAUUUGCUGCCGAAGAGGCAGAACCAGCAGAGCAAGAGGAGGCAGACUACAGUGACGAGACGUCAGAUCAUGACGAAGCAGGACCCUCAGGAUUAAACUGACUUUAGGAAAAAACCCUUUUGAAGGUGUGCCUUUUUUUUCUUUAUUUAUUUUUUUGGAGGAACCCUGUAGUCUAAAACUGAAACAAAUGUUUUGCAGGGUUUCAUUUAAUAAAUGUGGCUGUUGGCAGACCCUUGUCUAAGUUUAAAAUGUAAAAUUGCUUUUUAACUGAUUUUGUACAUGGACUGUGCAAUAAACUUUAUAGAAACUCUUAA